AUUCUGAAGAUCGAUCUCACCCAGCACAUCCCCACCAUGCCACUCAUAGUCCUAACCGGCUACCCCUGCUCGGGCCUGAGCUACCGAGCGAACCAACUCGCGACGCAACUCGAAGCCACGCAGGACGAGCUCUACGCCGCGGGCGUGUUUCCGGAGACGAAGCCGCGCUUCAAGGUGCAUGUGGUGCCGACGCACGAUCCGUCGCACCCGCGCACGGUGUACGACCAGGCGCGCACGGAGAAGGAGUCGCGCGGGGUGGCGUACGCGCGGGCCAAGCGCGCGCUGGGCAAGGACAGUUUCGUGAUUCUGGACGGGAUGAACUACAUCAAGGGGUAUCGGUAUCAGCUGUGGUGUGAGGCGAAGGCGCUGAAGACGAGUAGCUGCGUGGUCCACGUCGGCACGCCGAUCGAGCAGUGCGUGAAGAACAACGAGGCGCGCAUACAGCGCCAGGCUGCGGAGGGUGCAGGUGCACCCUCCGCCGAGGAGACUUCGCCCAGCUGCCCCGCUCCCACCACCGAUACCACCCCACCACCAACAGAGGACAAAGAAGACCCCUACCCCGCGGACCUCCUCAACAACCUGAUCUUCCGCUACGAAGAACCCAGCAUCCACAGCCGAUGGGACAAGCCGCUCUUCACGGUCCCGUGGUCCGACGCCGCGCCUCCCAUCGCCGAGAUCUGGACCGCGCUCACGGGCCUCCCGCACCCGUCCACCGCAUCGCCCGACGACCCGCAACAACAACCGCAACCAUCCCUGCUGGAUCUAGCCACCACCUCCCUCAACAACACCCACCUCUCCACCACCGAUACCGCCAGCAUCGCCCCCUCAACCUACACAGCCACCACCGCCGCAGCAGGCGGCCGCAACCCCCUCGGCCGGCCGCGCAUCCGCCCGCACCAAGCCACCGCCCUACCGGCGACGACCUCCUCGUCGGCGCUGUACAGCAUCGAGAAGACGACCUCGGGCAUCGUCGCGGCCAUCCGCGCGUUCACGCAGGCGCACCCCACCGCCGACGAGGCGCUCGCCGCUUCGUCGGGAAGCGGGACAAGGGAGGAAGGCAUCACCAUCGCGAUCCCCGGGUCGACGACGCCGCUGUUCGUGCCGGCGCACGUCGCGCGCACCGGCGGGCCGACCGAGGAGCUGGCGGCCGCCGGCGGCGUGCUGGCGCUGCCGCGGCUGCAGCGGUGGCGGCGGCAGUGGAUCACGCUGAACCGGGCGUAUGUGGCGGGCCCGCAUGCCAGUGCGCGGGGCGGGGGCCUGACGAGCGAGGAGAUCCCCGAUGCGUUUGUGCGGUUUCUGAACGCCGAGGUGGGUGGGGGGGCGGAUGCUUAG